AUGAGCAAGAACGACGUCGGCAUCCCCUUCCUGCUCGUCCGCCAGUCGACGUCUGCUACUGAGCGAACAUCCGUCUGCAACAAGUGGUCCCUUGUGACUGACGGUCUGACCUGCACGGCGUUGGCGAGCCAGGCGGGGAUUACGCUGAAGCAGUUUUUGGCGUGGAAUCCGGCGGUGAGUAGCGAUUGUGUGACGAAUUAUUGGUUGGGGGAGGCGUAUUGUGUUGGUGUUAGUGCUAAGUACCGGGAGGGGGGGGAGUAUAUGGACAAGAAUCGAUUGAAGAAGUUGGCUGUGUCUUCUUUUCUGCUUGUCGGUAGCGAUAUAGUCCUCCGGAUCCUGCUCCCUCUCUUCCACAAACUCAAACGCUUUCCACUCCAUGUUCUCCCCGUCUCCGCCCACAAUAUCCUCAAACGCCUUGAUGACUCCGUCCUCCGGCCUCCAGUCCUCACCGACCUGCCACGUCACUUUUCCUUUCCCAUCUCCUCCAACGGCAGGCGCCUCGUAUCUCACCCCCCAUCGGAACAUAACCGUCUCCUCCUCAUACGAAGUUGGAGGCACGUCAUCACUCCCUUUAUACUCCUUCGCCCUCUCCUUGGAGGGCCGCCACGUAAGCCACGUAAAAAGCUCGGCGUCUCGAAUGGCGGGCAUCUUUUGCCGUUGCAGAGACGAGGCAAACGCCGAGAGCAAAGGGUUGAUGCGUUCCGCGAUGGGGCGCAGACGGAACAUGUCGGGGUUGCGGAGGUCGUAUAUGUCCGGUGCGUCGCCCCGGUACUCUUCCUCCUCGUCGGACAUCAACUCGUGCGUCUCGUCGUCGUCUUCCUGGCCGGGCGGGUAGUGCUCCUCUCUCGUGAUGGCGAACCCUGUCGCGUGGGGAUCUUCCCCUCGCGGGCCGGAAAAGUACCAGCUGCCGUCGGGCGCGCACGGGUGGAAUUCCACGUUGAGGUGCCGCAUUUCCUCCAGGCGACUUCCCAGGUCCUGCAGGCCAAGAGACACAGGGUCCAUGCCUUCAAACUCGUUGGUCGAGGACGACGACGACGCGCCAACAAGGUCGGGCAUCUGCGCCGCUUGGUCCACCUCGUCCCAAUGGGAGCUGGGCCUCCAGAACCAGAGACGGACCUUGGUGAGGGAGGACGGCAACAAGGGCAUGGCAUGAUGCACAGCCCGCGCGAACUCGGCGCGGUCAUCGCGCCAAGGACCUGCCCAGACGCGGGAAAUUAUGCGCAGUGCCUUGGAUGUGAAGGCAACGGAAAGGCGCUCCCACAGCCAGGGGCAGUCCAGCUCGCGGAGUUGAGGGAGGCGGGUGGCGAGUUCGAGGGGCGUGGAAUCCCGGUCGGGGAGGAUGCGCAGUUGAGUGACGCGGUUGAGGAGGGGCAGGCUGUCCGGGUUCUGGACGGUGAGGCGGCGAGUGUGGAAGGCGCGGUGCAAGCAGUCUAG